AUGGUCUUCUUGAUCGAGUACUGGCAGCCAGGGGGUGAGCUUGGUGGUGACGUGCGGGAAGUGGCAGAAGCAGAGGCACAAAGCCAGGCCCAAGCCCGCGUCGAGGUGGCGAGCUGCGAUGUUCUGCUCGAUCUUGCAGCAGGGCGGCUGUCGCCCUUGGUCGCCAUGGCCCGCCGCAAGGUGAAAGUAUCCGGAGAGAUGCAAGCUGCUCGUCCACUCGCGCCUUUCCUCAAACGUGCCGUUCCCAAGGCUUUGGGGGAGUUCCAAGAAGGGCGCAGUGUGGCCUCGCGGACUUCGCAAGCGUCCUCCGGCUUUGGCUUCUGGAUGCCCGAUCACGCCUCCCCGAGCUGUGUGUUGUGCGGCCGUGCUUGGAUGCCGAUUAUUCGACAAAGACAUCACUGCCGUGCCUGCGGCUCCCUGGUUUGCGGCCAGUGCUCCUUCUGCCCGAACGGUCGCAGCAGCCGACGUUGUCUGCGAUGCGGAGUCGAUGCUUCGCUGCAGUGGAAUGGCAGCACUGCCAGCAUGAGCUCCAUGUCCAUGUCUGCUUCCGUCAUCAUGACUCCGAGGAUGCAGGAGUCCUUUGUGACCACCGCGGCAGGGCCGAUUGAGGAGAAACGACGAUUACCGAGUCUGCCGCCGAACUCCGAGACGGAAGGACUGCUUCUUGCACAGCUCCAAGCUGCGCUGGCUCCAAAGAUUCGAGCGCCCAUCCCUGCAUCGCAGCCUAGUGAGCGCGAGCAGAGGCUCUGGGAGCGUGUCGUGGCGGCCGAGAAGCGUACGCAGGAAGCGGAGGCCGAAGGAGGUUUCCGAAAGCUGGCUCAGCUUCUGCUUGGGAGGCUGCUGGCUUUCGUCGCCCGCCAUGCCUUCUUGGUGGCUGUUUUCUUCCUGGGAGUCACGUCUCAUGCGGGGCUUCAGCAAGGCGCGCUCUCCCUCGGGGGAGAGAGGUUUUCAGCCUACGGAGAGCACUUGUUCAUCUUCGUCGUGGCUACAGCUGCAGUACUUCUGCUUUCGAUUUUCCGACCUGCCUCCCUGUUGGUUUCAGCUGUCACCCUCUCCGGUAUCGUCUGGCUGCUUGUCAGGACGUUUAGCCUGGACCUGCCUGAUUCGCCUUUCUUGAGUGGUGACUGGCGUGCGCUGGCAUUUCCAGUUGCAGUGCUCCGUCUUCCAGGCUGGUCGACCACUUGUUUUCUCCUGGGUAUCUCUGUCUUGGUCGUGCGCAGGCUGCAGAGCUAUCAUUACUUCUUGCGCUUGGCCGAGAUCUAUGUCACAGCAGCUUUUCCGAUUGCAUUCUAUUUCACGUGCAAGACUGUGCAGAAGGUGUUCAAGCUGUCUGCGCAGCAGGCGCAAGAUUGGAUGUACGACCCAGCGGACAAAAUUGUGGCACCCUUCUUGGGAAAUCGUUUUGCCGCAUUGGGAGGCCUCUUCGUGAAGGCAGGGCAAUGGAUGGCUAAUAUGGCAGCGACGCCCAUCGUCUGGCAGCAGGAGCUGAAGAAGCUGCAGGACUGCGCCCCUAGGGACACAGACACCUAUGUGAAAUCCUUGCUGGAGGCUGAGCUCGGCUCAGAGUUCCAGGACAUCUUUGAAGAGUUCGAGUUCGAGCCAGUCGCGUCCGCAAGCAUCGCGCAGGUACACAAAGCGCGGAUGAAAGGAACGGGUCAACAGGUGGCUGUGAAGCUGCAGCACGAAGGUGUCGAGCCGAUGAUGCUGCUCGACUUGACUGCACUAAAGCGCAUUCUACGAUUCACCUGCUGGCUCGGUGGGAAUGACUGGGACGAGAUCAAGCAGGUCACCGAGGGGUGGAUGAAGGAGAUGAUCCACGAGCUGGACUUCCACCGCGAGGUUGAAAACCUGCAGGAGGUUCGCAAAGGCAUGGCCGAUGCCGGGGUGGACGUAAUCGUGCCAAAAGAGAUCGAAGGACGUGUGUCGAGACGCGCAUUCAUCAUGGACUUCUGCGAGGGCUUCCGCUUUACCGACUUGGAUCAACUGGCCCUGGCCGGAGUGGACCGCAAGGCCCUAAGUGCUCGAGCAGUUCAUGCUGUGGCCACCCAGCUCUUGGAGAUCGGUGUCUUCAACUCCGACCCGCAUGGAGGCAAUCUUCUUUGCCAAGUCCGGGAUGGCACGACCGCCGUCCCUGUUCUUCUUGACUUCGGGAACUGCAUUCGGCUUCCUGAGGAGCAGCGUCUCCUCUACUGCCGCUUGCUAGUGGCCUUGUCUGAGACCAGUAUGACCAGCGUCUGUGAGGCCAUGAAGAACUUGGGCUUCUUCAACUCGCAGACUGAGGUCCACCCCGGGCGAGACAUGGAGUACAUGAUGAUGGUUUUCCGCGACACCGGCAAUCGCAAGCAUCAGAUGGCCGGCAUGAAAGACUUCCGGGAGCUCCGGAAGUCUCAAAACAAGUCGGACAUCGAGGCCCUGGAUGAAAACAUCAAGAAGGACAAGAAGAAAGCGAAGGCAAAGACCGAGCGGUAUCCCAAGAAGAUGCCGCCGGAGGCAGUGCUCUUCCUGCGGAUGAUGUUGCUGGUUCGUGGCCUUUGCUUCCAGCUCGAUGCGGAGCUGCCGUUCCUGCAGCUCUUCGAAAUGCACGCCCGACGUGCGCUUGCCUGUCGAUUUCCCAAAGUGCAGCGCGCCCUGAACGCCGUGUCCAGUGGCGACGAUCGGGGAAGGUCCCGUGCUGGUGCAGCUCACAUGGCAAUGAUAACGCUGAUCAGGGAGGCCAUUGCUGGGUGCUGCGUGGAGCGACCGGGCCUGGGUGUGCAGGUCUGCGUCUACAUCGGUGAGAACUGCGCCGUCGACGAGUGUGGAGGGGUCUUGGGCACUGUGGACCCACGGCCCAUGACCCGAUCCACGCGGAUCCCGCUCGCCGACCUCGCACGUCUUCCCUGGCUCUUGGCCCUCCACAGCGCGGUGAAACAAGGCAUGAUCCAGUACUCCGAGCGCCUGAUGUCCAUGCCCGUGGGCUCGCGCUGCAACACCGAAGCCACCAUCGCGGAUGUCCUCUCCCACCGAGCGUUUCAAGACGGAGAUCCUCGGGAUGCCUUGACGGGAAGCACCGUCACAGAGCUGGCAAAGUUGCAGCACAUGCAGAAAAGGAUGGCCGCUGCAAUCGCUCCCGGGGCCGGGCAAGUCUGCUACCUGCCUUGGGGCAGUGGAUAUGUAGCUGCUGCGGCGCUGCGGCAGCUGGGACACGACGAUGAGGUGGCAGCACUCGAGCGUCUGCUGCCGGGGUUCAAAGUCGCAAAGGAUGGGCAUGAGGAUGCGGAGGAUGAGGAUGAGGAUGAAGAGGAUGAGGACCACGAAGAGGAGGAUGAGCUGGCUCUCAGGGCUUCGACGACGGAGGACAUGGCGACGCUCUCCAGCGCCCUCUUCGCCGACUUACGGGGCAUGGCGGGAGGCGCCAUCGGCAGCUCAGGUGGCAUCUUCACUGGCCCUGCCGCCCAGCCGAAAGCCAGUGCACCCGGGAAGGCGAAGGAGGAGCCGGUAGCAGCAAAGACUGCUGGCAACGGCAAGGCAGACAAGCAGACGGAUGACAGCCCAAAGAAGCAGCCAGACACGCAGCGCAAGACCCUGGCGCGAAGUGUCUUCGAGGAUGCUGGCGGUCUCUUGGCCGAUGUCGGACUUGCGAACCAAGCUGCGUUGUGGGCUUCCGAGGUUUGCCCCGAUUUGGCGUGCGCUUCUUCUGCACGCAGUCUGGCAUGGGUGCUUGCUUCCGCAUGCCCUACGAAAGAUGCAAGGCCAGUGUGCGCGCGCGAGGUCGAGAUAUCGCACAGCCACCCCAUGGGGAUGCUUUUGUCCCAGCUGGCGCCCGCACCACGCAGCUGGGACGACCGAGGGCUGCAGGUGGUGGAGCUGGAGGGCUGUGGCAAAAGAGCCCUAGGUCUCUCCAGCUGUGGCGGACUGCUCGGCCUGGCUUUGCAAUGGCCAGGAGAGGCACUCACUGGCGGCGGCGCUGCUGCUGCUAAGCCAGUGACUGCUGUGGUGCUCUGCAAUGAGCUGAGCAUGGCUGCCGUGCCCUCGCAAAUUCUCGGCAGAGUCGCAGAUGCUCUGCGACUCCCGCGGCCCAAUGGGCUGAUGUGA